CGCAAGCUAAGGUAGCUUCAGGAUGGUGAAGUUCCUCAAGGCCAACAAGGUCGUGGUGCUCCUUCAGGGCCGCUAUGCGGGCAAGAAGGCUGUCAUCGUCAAGAACUAUGACGAGGGCACCUCCUCCCGCCCCUACGGUCACGCCCUCGUGUGCGGUCUCGCGACCUACCCUCGCAAGGUGACCAAGAAGAUGGACAAGAAGAAGCAGGACAAGCACUCUCGCGUCAAGACGUUCAUCAAGACGGUCAACUACAACCACCUCAUGCCCACCCGCUACACCCUCGACGUGGACCUCAAGGCUACCGUCACCCCCGACGCGCUGGAGAACGCGACGAAGAAGGUUGCCGCGCGCAAGGAGGCCAAGAAGAUUCUGGAGGAGAGGUUCAAGACUGGCAAGUCUCGUUGGUUCUUCACCCGCCUCGCCUUCUAAGCGAGUGCGCGGGAACGCUGUAGAACUGGUGGGGGUGUAUGCCGAGUCGGGUGGUUGGGUGCGAGGUGCGGUCAAAUUAGAUUAGGCCUGAUCUUCGCAUGUGAUCGACGUUCGAUUUGAGAACUACACG